AUGAGCAGAGAUCAUCAUAUCCGCCCAAGGAGCCAUAUGCUUCUUCACCAAAUCAAGCUCCUCCAAACCAACAAGGUGGGAGAUUUGAAGGAAUCCUCCAACAGAUCAUGGAUGGCCAGAAGAGAAUACAAAGAGAUGUAUGAGAAGAUGGACACUUUGUUCAGCAAUCUCAACACCAAGUAUGAUGCUGUUGCCACUCAUGUGAAGAAACUAGAGACUCAAGUCACUCAAACUAUGGAAGCUGUUAAGAGACAGGAAGCUGAAUCCAAGAAGUCCUUUUGCAACUCAGCCGCCAUAGAAGAAAGAUUUGAAGACCAAGUUCCAGAAUGGAUGCUUUCAAAACCUACUGUUGAUUGCAUGAUUUGGCCUGAAGAGAUUACCCAGAGAGAGAGUCCAAUCGAGCUAGAAAGAGAAGACUCUUCCCAAAGAUUAUCCCCAAGACAGAUAACUCAGGAAAGUUUGUUGUGCCUUGUAUCAUCAAAGAUUGGAAAUUGCUCUAUCCCCACCGAUUUCCAGAUUGUGGAAAUGAGAGAGAGUAGCCAUAGACCUCUCAUAUUUGGAACCCCUUUCCUGUCUACUGUGGGUGCCAUAUUUGAUUUCCCCAAUCAAAGAAUCUCUUUCAACAAGGUGAACAAGGGUAUGUUCUUCCCUAUGUGUUCAACAAAGAACUCUUUUGUUGACAUGGUCCAAGAGGAGAAAGUUACUUUGAAGCCACCCCAAGAAGGAGAAACUGAAGAACAUCAAGGAAGAUCCCAUUCCUAA